GGAGGGAGUGAGAGAGGGGAAGGAGUUAGCUCGCUUGCUCGGGAGGUUAACUGACGCUCGGGGGAACUUGGUGGCUUUCGGGCGGCAGUUGAUUUCACUGUAAGCUUGUCAUCUGUUAUAUCUACUAUGGAGGUCCCACCUGAUAAUGACUGGAGGAGUCCAGGAUUUCGGCAGAAAGUAGUGGCACAAAUAGAGGAAGCCAUGAGAAAGGCAGGGACAGCACAUACAAAAUCCAGCAGUGACAUGGAGAAUCACGUGUUUGUCAAAGCUAAAACAAGAGAGGAGUACCUAUCACUGGUUGCAAGGCUGAUCAUUCAUUUCAGAGAUAUCCAUAAAAAGGCACAAGGUGGACCAGAUCCAAUGAAUGCUCUGCAGACUCUAACAGGUGUUGGCGGAGGUGGUCCUGGUACUAUCGGCAUGGGGCCUCGUCCUGGAGCUCCAAUGGGUGGAAUGGCGGCCAUGGGACAAAUGCAGAUGGGCCAGCAUGCCAUGCAGGGAGUUGGAGGAAAUCAACAAGCUGGGGCACCAGGGCAGAUGCAGAUGCAAAUGGCACCGCAGCAACAACAGUCUAUGCAGUUUCAGCCAUUUCAGGCGCAGCAGCAGACAGCCAUGCAGGCGCAGCAGCAAACAUCCUUACAGCAGCAAUUUCAGGCCCAGCAGCUGAAGCUCCAGCUGCAACAACAGCAGCAACAACAGCAACAGCAGCAACAGCAUCAUCAGAAUCAACCACUGCAACACCAGAACCAGCAACAGGCACAGGUGCAACAACAGCAACAACAGCAACAGAACCAGUUGCACCAGUCUAGACUUCAGCAGCAGCAGCAGCAGCAGUUAGCCCAAAUGCAGAUUCAACAAGCUCAAGCCCAUGUACAAGCCCAGGCUCAGACCAUUCAGCAUUUGCAGCAGCAACAGCUACAGCAAGCGCAGGCCCAGCCAGGUCAGAUGACACACCACUCCCAGCCACCUCAGAUCCUUGUGCCCCAGUCUCUGGCUGGACAGAUGCCCCCUGGACAGCAUCAGGCAAUAAGUUCACUCAGCCAACAGCAACAGCAGCAUCAGCAACAGAUGAAGAUGCCACAGGCAUUUCAGCAGGCUAGAAUGCAGCAGCAGCAACCCCAGCAAACCCAGCAAGCAGCAGCUCAGGCCCAGCUUGCAGCAGUGUCCGGCGCGAUGAUGCCCCGUGUGAUGCAAAUUCAACCCCGGUUGCCCCGCGCCACCCCGAACUCUGCCAUUCCUCCAAACCCUGCUGCCAUGGGAGGACAGCAAAUGCCACAGAGUCAGCCUAUAUCUUCACCUUCCCCAGUUCAAGUACCGACACCCCAGCCCCCUAUGCCUCCUCCUCCUCAGCCUCAGCCCUCUCCUCAGCCCCCGUCUUCACAGCCUAACUCUGUCAGCUCUGGUCCAACCCCUUCCCCAGGAGGUUUCCAACCCAGUCCCUCUCCGCAGCCUUCCCAUAGCCCAGCAGCUGCACGCACCCCCCAGAGCUACCCCAUCCAGGUGUCAUCUCCGGGAUCUCUUAACACCCCAGGCAACCCCAGCUCUGUGAUGAGUCCAGCAGGUGCUCCACAGUCAGAGGACCAGCUGUACAUGGACAAACUCAAACAGCUCUCCAAAUACAUAGAACCACUGCGCAGGAUGAUUAAUAAGAUUGACAAAAAUGAAGACAGGAAGAAGGAUCUGAGUAAGAUGAAAAGUCUGCUGAAUAUUCUCACUGAUCCCAACACAAGAUGCCCUCUAAAAACACUGCAGAAGUGUGAAAUAGCCUUGGAGAAACUCAAGAAUGACAUGGCAGUGCCCACUCCACCUCCUCCAACAGUGCCCAGCACCAAAAAGCAGUAUUUGUGCCAACCCUUACUGGACGCUGUCUUGGCAAACAUUCGCUCGCCAGUUUUCAACCAUUCCCUUUAUCGAACAUUUGCUCCUGCUAUGACAGCCAUACACGGACCGCCAAUCACUGGGCCUGUAAUUCCUGCUCGUAAGAGAAAGUAUGAAGAUGAUGAUCGUCAGACCAUUCCAAACAUACUGCAAGGGGAAGUAGCUCGUCUCAGUUCUAAAUUUCUGGUUAACCUGGACCCAUCCUUCUGCAGCAAUAAUGGGACAGUGCACCUAAUCUGCAAACUGGAUGACAAGAAUCUUCCCAGUGUUCCUCCUCUCCAACUGAGCAUUCCUGCAGACUAUCCUGACCAGAGCCCUCAGUGGGAUGAUGACAGUCAUCAGUAUGAGGCUAACCCGUUCUUGCAGACCGUACAUAAGAACAUGACCUCAAAACUCCUUCAGCUUCCUGACAAGCACUCGGUGACAGCCCUGCUAAAUACUUGGGCACAAAGUGUGAGACAGGCUUGCCUCUCUGCAGCUUAGUUUUGGCAUGUUCCCAACAAUAACUUGCUCCAACAAUAUAACUCAUUAUAGUCACACCUUUCCUAUCUAGUCGUGCCCUUGCUGCUACUGUAAAAAUGGUGAGGGCAAUUAGUUAUUAGGAGUCAUUUUUUGCAGUUGAGUCAGUAGCACCUCCUAAAUGCCAGAAAUGAAAACUCUACUUUUGAAAUUUGUGCAUGAAUGUUUUUUUUUAUUUACACAAAUAAAUAUUCUUUGCUUCAUUAAAGUA